AAUAUACGAUAUAGAAUUACAAAUAAUUGUAACACGGCUGAUAUAAUAUACUCGUAAGUCAAGAAUGUACGACGUAUGUAUAUAUUUCUGCUCUAGAUCUCUAAUACUUUUCUGGUUUAUAAAAAAUGUAAGAUAAAUUCAAGGUCUGGCAAAUAAAACGUCUUUUAUGUAAAAACGGGCUUGUGAUUUGAUAUCUAUUUGGUUCAAGUCUGGUGUCGUCCUCUAUAAAGUAUUUCGCGUAUUUGGCUAGAGAUUAUGAAACGUCGAUCUGUCAAACUCGACACUUGUUUUCGAGAAAUAUAAAUUACACUUGAAUUCUGGAUGUGAGUGCAGAAGCAUUACAAAUGAUGUCUGGAUCUUUUAUGUAGGUAUGUAAGUUCAUAGUACAAUACUAUCAGAACGACGACAGUUACUGCGACUGAAAAGGAAGUAUGAUAAUUGCCCCCAUGACUGAUUAGUCCUACUGUUCCUGUCGAGACAGCGGUAACGAUCGAAUUAAUCCUCUGGUGCCAUAUGUGCGUUAACCUAACAUUUGUUUGUGUCUAGAAGGCCUGAUAUAACAUCUAGAUUCUUCAUUUCGACGGUGAUAAGCCAAGAUGGGGAAAUUGAAUUUGGGUACAGUACUUUUGCUACUCUUUCAAGCUUGCUUGGCAGAUUAUGCGGAUUAUAAUGACGAGUGGCAAUUGAGGUGUCCAGGAUUAUAUCAACGUGUGUUUACUAGUUAUACACCUCAAGGAAAUUUAACAUUUGGUGUAAUCAUCAAAUCGACUAGUUACACUAGUAUGAAGAAUUGCGUUGUUACUUGCUGUAAAGAGAAUUCGUGCAAUGUCGCCUUAAUGCAUAAUGAUACUUGCUACCAUGUGCAGUGCAGAUCAAAUAAAUUGUGUGUACCGUUGUAUAGACCUGAUUUAGCAAAUGAUAAUCCUCCAAGUAUGGUCUUAGUCAAACCACUACGAGAAAGCGACUUGUGGAGUGAUUACUUGGAAGGAAUAAAUGAUGACACUGAUUCUUUAAUCCUGGAAAAUACUGCUACGUCUCAUGUCUUAUUUAACUCCAAUGAAAUGAGUUGCAUGGAUGGAGUACAAGAUUGUCCAGAAAAUGAAGUUUGCAUAACACAUGGAGACAAGGCUGGAGAAGGAGUUUGUCAGUGUAGUAUUCGAUUUAAAAGAAAUAGUGCUGGUGUGUGUAUUGCAAUGGAUGAUUUGGAGAAUUCUGAAGCUAGUGAUACUCCAGACAUUCUGAAAGUCCAAGUACCAAAGAAUAACAGUACAUCUGUAAAACCACCAGUGAAACAGUUGUUAGUAUCUGCUGUAUCAAAACAAGUUCGUUUACCAGAAAAUGAGGUGACACUUUCCGCAUAUACUGUACCUGGUGAACAAGAAAAUGAACAUUAUAAUUACGUUUGGAGUCUCUUAAGUCAACCCGAAGGUGAAACUGGAACGAUGACAGAUCAAAAUAAGAUGACUGUCAAACUAAGUCAUUUGUCUGAAGGCACUUAUAACUUCAAGGUAGCAGUAAGCAGUCCUACGGCUUACGGAGAAGCUUAUGCGAACGUUACUGUUCUACCGCCCAAACGAAUAAAUCAGGCACCUAUCGCAAUCAUUAGUCCAGCAUCUCAAAUCGUCAAACUACCAAAUACUGGCGCUGUUCUUGACGGCUCAUCCAGUAAGGAUGAUGAUCAAGUUAUCUCCUAUCAUUGGGAAUUAGAGCAGGGACCCAUUGGAUAUCAACCAAAUUUGGUAGCAACUCCUACUCUUCAAUUGGACAAUCUAAUCGCCGGAAAUUAUACGUUCAAAUUGACUGUGGAAGAUUCAGAUCAUGUGACUAAUUAUACAACGGCCAAUAUAACUGUACUGAAAGUAAUAGAUUAUCCGCCAAGUGCGAAUGCAGGGCAAAAUAUUAUUAUUUACUUGCCUCAAAACACACUAACUCUCAAUGGAAAUUUGAGUACAGAUGAUCGUGGAAUUGAUAGCUGGGAAUGGACCAAGAGUCCUUCCGAUCAAAAUAAGGCCGUAGACAUGCAAAACACAAGGACACCGUAUUUACAGUUGUCUAAUUUAGAAGCUGGAAUGUACACAUUUGUUCUUAAAGUAACUGAUGACUCUAAUCAAUCAUCCACAUCUGAAGUUCACGUAUUUGUUAAGCCACCUACGAAUAAACCACCAGAAGCUGAUGCUGGAGACAAUAUUACCAUUGCACUACCAGAAACAAAAGUUACUUUGGAUGGCAGUAGAAGCAAAGACGACAUAAAAAUUGUGUCGUAUCUUUGGGAACAAAUCAGUGGACCUAAUAAGGCUGAAUUGAAUACCGCGAAUGAGAGUAUUACAAAUGUAACAAAGCUUACUAAAGGGGAUUACAUAUUCAAGCUGACAGUCAUUGAUGAUAAUGGGAAUAAAAAUUCAAGUAACGUUGAAGUAAAAGUAACACAAAAUAAAAAUGCACCUCCAAAGGCCAAUGCAGGUGGUGAUCAAGUAGUAAUUGCACCUGUGAAUGCACUAAUAAUUAAUGGCUCACAAUCAAGCGAUGAUUUAGGAAUAGUAAAUUGGCUUUGGACUCGGGAUUCAUCAAGUCUUGCUAUUGGUAAUAUCAUAGAAGGAACUGAUAAAUCUCCAGUGUUAAUGUUGACAGAUAUUGUGCCAGGGCGGUUUGUCUUCAGACUCAAAGUAACAGAUGAUCAAGGUUUGAGUAAUGAGGAUACAGUAUCAGUGAUUGUGAAACCUGAUCCUAAGCUAUUACACUUAAUUGAGUUAACAUUGAACAUCGAGACGCACCUUUUAACGAAAUCACAAGAAGAUUCCCUUGUUGUCAAAUUACAAAUGUUACUCCGAGAAGAGGCUACCAUUGUUGUUCGCACACUCAGAGCUGAACCUCGAACUGGUCGAGUGGUUUUAGUCUUUUACGUAGACAAGAAAGGUGGAAAAUCAUCAAUGCCUGGGCCUGAGGUCGUCCAACGAUUAAAACAAAAAUUAAGACAAGAUUCUGGGCUUCUACAAUUAUCUGUUAUCAACGUGGAAACAGUCGUAUGUCAAAACAAUUGUUCUGGGCAUGGCGUGUGUGACCAAGAAACAAGGCAGUGUCUGUGUGAGGCCUUCUGGAUGCAAAACUUUAUUCAGAAGUAUUUUGGAAACAGUGAAUCAAAUUGCGAUUGGAGUAUUUUAUACGUGAUUAUCGCUUUGUUAUCUUUGAUUGUCUGCUGGGUGGGUUGUGUUUGGGGACUAGUAUGCCUUUGCCAAAGGAUAUGCGGAAGAAAAAGACAUUCGCUCCGUCCCAAGAAGAAACCUGCACGUUAUUCUCUUUUACAACCAGAUCUAGAGGAUGACAGUUUUACUUCACACAAAAAGAUGGUAUUGUCUGAAUCGGAUACGGACUCUGAUGACGUAUUAUUUGAACAUCGUAAGGGCAAGAGCAACGGUCAUCUGCGAAAUGGAAAAUCGCGCAACGGCUUCUUGAAGGCUGGAUCUAGAGUGAAGACAUGAGGUACUAAAAACUGAUUAACGACUAAGGGGAUUUGAACAUACGGCUGACAUAACUUCUAUCGCGUUUGUCAUUAUAAAAUAAUUACGAAAGGUACGUACCAUAAAGUGACACUGGUUAACGCACAUAUUCGUAUGUCUUUAGCCAUAAUGAAAAAAGAAAAAAAAAUGAAGUACUAGUCAUUUACGGAACUGUCGUUGUAAGCGUUGGUUCUUAGUAAACUAAACUAAUAAUCAAGUUGAGGUGACAGAUUAUUGCAAUUUGGGAUAUGAACAAGAAUGGUCGUAGAGUAAGACCUUUAGAUACUUAGGCCGACCAGUUUUUUGAUUCCCAAUAAUUCGUAAUGAGAAGCUAACAAGAGGCUAAUGAGCUCUCAUAUUUUACCCAUGUGAUUUAACAUAAAUGAUAUAUUAUUAAUCCAUGUAUAUUUUGAUUAAAGGCUUUUAUUAUAGGGCUGAGAGUACAAUGGACAUUCGCGUGUAUUAUGCACGGCACGUCGUAAGGUGAAGUACUAUAAAGAUUAGAGUCUUGUCAUUAUGGAUUUAUCUUACAAUUGCCUUUUUUCUUCUGAAAACUUUAUUUACGAAUGACGUUCACUUGAGAUCUUUUGAAUGUCCUAUUAUUGUUAUAGUCGAAAUUUGAUAUAAUGUAUAGUAGGCGAUGUGUAUAUAAGGGUUGACAUAGCACACCGGGUCUAAGUUCAUAAAUAAGUCCGUAAGUAAGGAUAAUUUGCUUGGCAAAUGAAAAAUUGGAUAUUCUGCAUCCAAAAAUUCAUUUCAUUAACCAUAAUAAGAUAUAUCACUGCACGAUCUGUUUGAUAAACGACAGAUGUCUUUCCAAAGAAAAGAUUUCUUGACAGAAUACUGUAGAAUUCCUAUUUGUAACAGUAGUCGAAGUACAUAUUCGUAUAAAAAAAUAAUUUACAUUAGAGGAUAUACAGAUUUAGUAUCUUUAAAAAAUGUUCAUUAUAUAAACUUCCUUAUUACAAACCACCGCUUAUUAUUUUCUUUUAAGGGAAAAUUUAAUUUACCGCUAAUAUUUAGACAUUAACGUUUAAUACGUCCUCGAGACAUAUUGUGUGACAUUUCCACUUAUUACGUAUGGAUAACAUUCCCAUUAGUUUCAUAAGAAAAGUAUGUUAAUAAAUAUGUAAGUUUACAACUGAAAAGAAUUCAGCAACCAUGCAAGCUAAAAUUGGUUCAGCUUUAUAUGGAAAAGCAAAUGGAAAAAGGGAUUCGAUAGGGAUAAUAACAAACAGAUCGGAUAUAUAAAAAAAUUCUUGUAUUCGUAACUCGUCGAAAUAUUUUUUACAUGCGCAUUCGUCCAUAUUUAUUCGGUACAGGAAAGAAAGACCAUCGUAAAUAAAGAAUAACACAAAAUAUCAAAA